GUUUUUCAUCACACCAUGAUCUCAAAACUGCAGUUGGUGGUAAGGUUAACUAAAGAUAUUGUUGAGACAUACCGCAUCUGCAAUCCUCAAUUCAAUUACUCUGAAGAAUUGAAUCCAAAGAGAUUCCUGACGUCCCCAUCGGUUGGCGUGUUGAACGAUGGCCACGAUAAUGCAAACUCAGACCUCAUUCUUUCUGUCAAUCUUGAGUUGGUUAAUUUGGAUACAAAGAGAAGGUAUGUAGUCAAGGACAUGCUUGGUCAUGGAACUUUUGGUCAGGUUGCUAAGUGCUCGGUUGAUGAAACAAAUACAUUUCUUGCUGUUAAGGUCAUCAAGAAUCAACCAGCUUAUUAUCAACAAGCACUUGUUGAAGUUUCUAUCCUGACAACAUUAAAUAAGAAGUAUGAUCCUGAUGAUAAGCACCAUAUUGUCCGGAUCUAUGAUUACUUUGUAUAUCAACGUCACUUGUGCAUUGCUUUUGAACUGCUUGACACAAAUCUGUAUGAGCUUAUAAAGUUAAACCAUUUUAGAGGAUUGUCAUUGAGCAUUGUCCAGUUGUUUUCGAAGCAGAUAUUGCGUGGAUUAGCACUUAUGAAAGAUGCUGGUAUAAUUCACUGCGAUCUGAAGCCUGAGAACAUUCUUUUAUGCACAAGUGUGAAGCCAGCUGAAGUAAAAAUUAUAGACUUUGGAUCAGCAUGCAUGGAGGAUCGUACUGUUUACUCGUAUAUCCAGAGUCGGUACUAUCGGUCACCUGAAGUCCUCCUUGGAUAUCAAUAUACCACUGCUAUUGACAUGUGGUCAUUUGGGUGUAUAGUUGCUGAAUUAUUUCUAGGACUUCCGCUGUUCCCAGGAGCUUCAGAAUUUGAUCUUCUGAGGAGAAUGAUAAAGAUACUUGGGGGGCAACCCCCUGAUUACAUACUGAAGGAAGCCAAAAAUACCGGCAAGUUCUUCAAGUUUGUUGGGAACAUUAAUCAAGAAGAGUGUGGACCAGGUCCAAUGAGCAGAUCUAGUGUUUAUCAAGCUUUGACAGAAGAAGAAUAUGAAGCUAGAGAGUCAAAAAAGCCAGUAAUUGGGAAGGAGUAUUUCAAUCACAUGAACCUUGAGGCAAUCAUCAGAAAAUAUCCUUACAAGAAGACUCUGGCAGCGGAAGAUAGUAUUAAAGAGAGUCAAAUACGAUUAGCACUAAUAGAUUUCUUGAGGGGGCUUGUUGAGUUUGAUCCAGCUAAGCGAUGGUCACCUAUGCAGGCAUCAAAGCAUCCUUUUGUGACUGGGGAGCCUUUCACGUGUCCUUAUAGACCUGCACCGGAGACACCUCGACUGUCCGUUUCUCAGAAUGUUAAGGUGGAUCAUCACCCAGCUGGAGGCCAUUGGUUUGCUGCUGGUCUAUCUCCUAAUAUUUCUGGCAGGAAUCGAGUUGGAGUGCAGAGCAGCCCUCAUUAUCAUCAGGCCAUGCAAUAUUCACAUGUAGGUAGCUAUGGUAGCCUAGGAAGUCAUGGUAGCUACCACGAUGGUGCUGCGCUUGGUAGUAGUUAUGGAAGUUAUGGUGAUAGCAGUAAUCUUCAUGCAUUUUAUUCGCCUGCGGGUCCCUCAGGGAUGCAUCUGUAUGCACAGAAUGGUGUAUCAAUUCUUGGGAGCAGUCCAGACACCAGGAGAUUCAAGCAGCUCCCGCAUGGGAAUGGGCUUGGUGUCAGCCCAGGAAAUUUUAUUCCUAUGUCUCUUGGAACGAGCCCUUCACAGUUCACUCCUCCUAGCAUGUAUAGUCAGAUCUCCGCUGGUUCUCCAGGAAAUUAUGGUCCUUCGUCACCAUCGAGGAGUAGUGUUCAUGGAUCACCUUUAGGGAAGAUGGCAGCAGGUAGCCAGUAUAAUAGAAGAAAAGGGUGGGGAUAUCAUGGUAGCUAUCAGUCUCAAGAAAUAUCAUCAUCCUCUCACUGGCAAGGGCAGGUUGCAGAUGGCAACAAUUCUAGCCAAGCCAAUUCUCCGGUUUUUGGUCAUCUACACAGUAACUCAAACCCCAGACAGCAAGGAUCAAGCAGCGUGAAUGUUGGUUACUCUAAUAAUGCGCAUAAUAUUACGAGUUCAUCAAUGCCAGGUGGGCAUAUGCAAUUCCAGAGAACCCAGGGUGUUCUUGAUAAACCUGAGGCUAGUAACUCAUUGCCUGAUCCAGGCGAUUGGGAUCCCAAUUAUAGUGAAGAACUGCUUCUGCAAGAAGAUAGCCCAGAAAUGAGCAACUUAACAAGUGAAUUCUCCAAGGGGAUGCAUCUUGGUCAAUCUGUCGUCUCUCAAGAACCAUUUACUGGAGUGAGAAGACCAAACCACAUCUCUAAUCUGAAUCCCAGUAUGUCUCAGAGACCUACAGGGCAAACUCAAGCAUUUUUACCGGGAGAGGUAGGAAGCCCUCCUUCAGGUCAUCAUGAGCUGCAUGGUGCAUAUAUGCACACCAUGGCAAAUCCAUCAUAUUUGAUGCCUCAUUUUGCACAAGGUUCCCCAAGCCGCUUAGGACAGCAGCCACCUCUUCACCGAUUUAGCCAGGGGAGAACAACGGCUGUUCAUUACAAUGAAAGUCAUGCGAAGCCGCAGUCAUCUCAUUCUUCGUAUAAUACGGAUGCUCCACUUUCUGCUCCAAGGAAUGGUGCAUCAUGGGGUAAAGAUUCACUAGUCUCUCUGUUUUGAUAUGUUUCCAUCCACAACCUUUGUGCUGUUGUAGGGCGUAGAGGUAGCAAUCCUGUUCCAAACAUUCCACCAACCUCCCGGACAAGAAAAGAUUACAAAAGAAUUGCUUAACUUUUUGUAGCCUUCAUUGGGGAUUAGUGCAAAGAGCAGACCAGUCAAUUGGAAUACCUGGUAAAGCCUGCUUUAGUGGCUUGUGUUACAGAUCCUCAUGAAUGUCGUUUUGUAGUGCUUGGUUAAAUGUCAAUGGUUAUAACUCCAUGAUGUGGUCACGCCUGCUUGUGAUCACCAUGCUCGAUCUCUGGGAUCUCGAAUCUGCUGCUUCCUCCGGUUCUAAAGGGCCAGAAGGUAUGGGUGUCAACUCCCUGGAUCUAAUUUAUUGCAAGAAAACUCUAACCGGGUUGCAUGUUUGUAUUGGUGCUCCAGGGGGUUAUAAUUAUUUAUUUGAGAACAAAGCUUGGUUGUGUUGAGUAGGGUGUUGAAUCAUAGUUUAAGGUUUAUUUUGUUAGCAAUCUCUUUGUAAAACUAAAACAGGAAUCUUGAUUCCUUGUAAGUUGGAUAUUUAUUUCAAUAUCCUCUUAACACAUCAAUGUGAGUACUCAUAUAUUAAAUGGAAUGGCGUGAAGAAGCGUGGAAUUCGUGUUCUUAA